CGCGACAUCCGAUUAUUUCUGUCCCUCCUCGCUUGCAGUGUUCCUGUAUGUAUCGGGACGUACCACAUGCGCGAAAACAUGGGGGUGGGCAUGAUGUGUUGCAAUGGUACGCCAGAGCACGCGUGUGGUACAUCAGCUUGGUAAAUCACAGCAGCAGCCUAUCGCACGGAGAAAACGCCACUUAACUGGGCACUAAUCCACCGGUUCGCCGGCCUGGAACUUAAACGCCGCGCUGCACCGAGACUCCCCCCGCUGGGUGAGUGAAGGGUUGAUCCUGUAUUGGAGAGAGACUGAGAACAGCCGGUGCCUGCACCUUUUGACAGCUCCGCAAGGUGCUGGUUGGGACGAGAGUGGUUGGUGCGGGAGGUGGCCCUGUGGUGGCGUACACAGGAACAGGUUAGAGGGCUACUCGUUGCUUCCCACCUAGCACCCCAUUAGCGGAACUCCCCAUGCUGAACCGUUGCUGUUAGUGAUAGUGACCCUUUGUUUUAGGUGCUGCAGAGCUGAUCCCCUGGGAGGAGCCGACAGAGAGCGGGGUCACACCUGCCAAGUGCCAUGCACUGAUCCCCCUCCUUCCAGUCCGCACCGCCCCCCCUCCCCGGCCAUUCCCCGGCACAUAAAUGAUAGAGGAUACCAUGACUUUGCUGUCUCUCCUGGGUAGGAUCAUGCGCUACUUCUUACUCCGCCCGGAGACCCUCUUCUUGCUGUGCAUCAGCCUGGCCCUGUGGAGUUACUUCUUCCACACGGACGAGGUGAAGACCAUCGUGAAGUCCAGCAGGGACGCCGUGCAAAUGGUAAAGGGCAAGGUGGCAGAGAUGAUGCAGAAUGAGCGCCUCGGAGGGCUCGAUGUGCUGGAAGCGGAGUUCUCUAAGACUUGGGAGUACAAGAGCAACAAUGUGGCCGUGUAUUCCAUCCAGGGCAGGAGGGAUCACAUGGAGGACCGCUUCGAGAUCAUCACUGACUUGGUCAACAAGAGCCACCCUUCCAUCUUCGGCAUCUUUGAUGGCCAUGGAGGAGAGUCAGCAGCUGAAUAUGUGAAAACCCAUUUGCCAGAAGUGCUGAAACAACAUCUUCAAGACUUUGAGAGGGAUAAAGAGAACAGCGUGCUAUCCUAUCAGACCAUCCUGGAACAGCAAAUUCUAGCCAUAGACCGGGAAAUGCUGGAAAAACUCUCAGUGUCCUAUGAUGAAGCAGGUACUACGUGCUUAAUUGCUCUGUUAUCCGACAAAGAACUCACAGUCGCCAACGUAGGGGAUUCGCGCGGUGUGUUGUGUGACAAAGAUGGGAAUGCUAUCCCCUUAUCCCAUGAUCAUAAGCCGUACCAGCUAAAGGAAAGGAAGAGGAUUAAAAGAGCUGGUGGGUUCAUCAGUUUCAAUGGCUCCUGGAGGGUACAAGGGAUUCUUGCCAUGUCCCGCUCACUGGGAGAUUAUCCUCUGAAAAAUCUAAAUGUCAUUAUCUCUGACCCUGAUAUUCUGUCUUUUGACCUGGACAAACUGCAGCCAGAGUUUAUGAUCUUGGCAUCUGACGGUCUAUGGGAUGCUUUCAGCAAUGAAGAAGCAGUGCGGUUUAUCAAAGAGCGCUUAGAUGAGCCUCACUUUGGAGCCAAGAGCAUUGUGUUACAGUCGUUUUAUAGAGGAUGCCCUGAUAACAUAACUGUUAUGGUAGUAAAGUUCAAGAAUAGCAGUAAAACAGAUGAACAAUGAAAGUCACCACGCGUGCAAAAGGACUGCAGCAACCAAUUUUAUUUUAACUUAGUAGCAAGAGGUGGAAACCUUAUUAAGAUGUACAGCAGCACCAUUCCCGUGUCUUAGGAUUAGACAUGGACUCAUGCAGCUAAUGUACCCAUCAACUGUCCAGCCAUGAAACACAGGAAGUGCAUUCUGUAUGACCCAACAUUAUUCCUCCAUUAACAAGUAAUUAUCUGUAUUAAAGGGUAUCGCUCCUGCUGAGGUGUUAAUCUUAUUCUUAUGCGGGGGGUAACAAGACCACGCUUGUGUCAUCAGCUAGAGAAGUAAUAUUUAUUCUAUGUUUUUAGAAAAUGUGUUUGUUCAAUGGGAUUAUAUGUUUCUAAUAUUCAGCGCUUCAGACAAGUGUCCCUUUAAUAAAAAGCAACAACGGAGGUUCAAACACUCUUAAUAAAUACAAGUAAAACAUU